AACUUCCUGUCUGCACAAUAUUCACUCUUGAGAAGAUAAAUAAAAAAAGGGGGGAAAAUGAGUUCCAGGGAAGAGGGGGCAAGAGAGAAAGACCUACAGAGAGAAAGGGAGAAAGAAAAUGGUAGAAUGAGAGGAAGAGAGAGAAGGAGUGACAAAGAGAGAAAGGGGAAACAGAGAGCGAGCGAGAGAUAGCGAGAGAGAGGGGGGGGGGUAGGAUAGAGUGAAAUGUUCUGCGAUUGAAGGAGAGUGAGCAUGAGAGGGAGAGAGACUAGAAGACUAAACCUUUUUGACUGCCAGUAUUUUGUGGACCGGUCAGGAUACACCAUUGAACAGAUUACCGGUGUCCCCUGAAGGAGCAGGAGGCAAAAAGCAUGGAGGUGGAGGGGUGAGUAAGAAAACAAGAGGCUAGAGACAAAAUGGCUACAGUCUCCACUGGUUCUGAAUUUGGUACUGGUAGGUGAGUUUACUUCUGGAGCUCUGCUCCUCUAUGUUUCGCUACAGAUAUUUAUCUGCACUCUUCCAUGGACAAUCCCAACGGCAGCUACUGUCAGUUAUAGCUCUCUCUUCUCUGGCCAUCUGACAGCAUAGACAUUAAAACAGGACAAUAUCUAUCACUCACUACCUUCCUGCCUUGGAGAGCUCAAAUGGAGAGUCCAAACAUCUGCCAGUCGUUGUCGUCUCCGACAGUUGAACCCAUCUGUCAUCUCCCGGAGCGUAGGCUUCUGUUGCUGGGGGGACCAGGAGCUGGGAAGAGCACCACAGGGAAUGCCAUCCUAGGUGAGGAGAUCUUCCAGACUGGGAUAGAGACUCUCCACAGCACCGUUGGCCACGGGGGGGUCUGCAGGAGGCGUAUCACUGUGGUUGACACCCCAGGCUGGAUUAUACCCCAUGACUCAGCGGAUGAUAACACAGGGGCCCCGCCAGAGCGGGCUAGCAAGGAGGGACCCUGUGUCGGUGCCACCCUCUGUCCCCCAGGGCCCCAUGCGCUCCUGCUGGUGGUCCCCGUGUCACAGCCCUUCACAGAGGGCCACAGGAAGGCAGCAGAGAAGCAGCUGGGUCAUCUAGGAGGAGGGGCCUGGAGGUCCACCAUGGUGCUCUUCACUGGGGUCGACAAGCUACCGGAGGGGACGUUCGUAGAGGAGUUCAUUGCAGCUGGGGAGCCCCUUCAGUGGCUGGUGGAGAGGUGUGGUAACAGAUACCAUGGCCUGGAUAAUAACACACAGCAGAGUGGGGAUGACAUCACGGUGAACACACAAGUUCAGGAGCUGCUGGAGAAGGUAGAGGAGCAGGUUAAGGAAAACCAUGGCUGGUAUUUUGCAGUAAACGAACUGAUUCUGCUAGAGGAGGAGCAGGCAAGGAAGGCGGUGGAAGAGAGGCGGGUGAGAGAGGAGCGGGAGGAAAGGGAGAGGCAGAGACUGCGGAUGGUCGGAGGGCCUCCCAGAGAGCUGAGGGUCCUCUUGUUGGGCUGGAAAGGAGUGGGAAAAAGUUCUGUAGGGAACACCAUCCUGGGCCGGCGGGACUUUGAGUCUGGAACAGAGACGGAGCAGAGCCUUAGGAGGCAGGCUGAGGUGGCCGGACGCAGGGUCACUAUCGUUGACACCCCAGGCUGGGACUGGUUCUCCGUCAGACGUACCCCGAAACACGUGAGACAGGAGUCGAAGCGAGGUGCCACCCUCCUCCGGCCUGGCCCCCACACCCUUCUCCUGGUGCUGCCAAUCAUCUCCACCCUCACUUCACGCAAGAGGCGGACCCUGGAGGCCCACCUGGAGGGCCUGUUUGGUGAUAGGGCGUGUCUCCACACCAUGGUGCUGUUCAGCUGCGGGGAUUGGCUAGGCCGAACGCCCGUCGAGGAGCACAUUCAGAAGGGAGGGCGGGAGCUCCACAGGUUGUUGGAAUACUGUGGGAACUAUUAUCACGUGGUGGACAGCAAGAUGCCGGGGAAGGAUACAAGGAACAUCUCAGAUCUGCUGGACAAAAUAGAGGAAAUGAUCAGAGAGAAUGGUGAUGAGGCCUUCUUGCCAAUACAGAUGGAUGAAGAAAGCCCUGAGUCAUCUGAGAACAACAGCCCAGAAGAGGACUGUAGCAGAGGAUGCCAGCUCCAGUAGUGACAAGGGAGAGAGUAGCCAAGAGCACAUGCUUACACACUGUAAGGUGGACAUGCUCUCACACUCCAAGCCAAAACAUUCACAUUUCAAAGUGGCCUGGUGUAUAAUUACACUGGAAAUUAAAUUAAAUAACACAUACAAUGCCUUCAGAAAGUAUUCACACCCCUUGACUUUUUCAAUGGAAAGAGUCAAGGGGUGUGAAUACAUUCUGAAGGGACUGAACAUGUAUUCAAAGUAGUUAGGUCAUUCUUGAAUUGCUGUGGCAUUUGCGUCCCUCCCUUUUGCAACCAUGAAAAACACUUUAAAAGGACAAAUAAUUGCACAUCAUUCAUGUUUUGUUUAUAUUGAACUGUUUAUCAAUGAUACAACAUAAUGCAAGUCCAUUAUACUGUAAAACUGUAUGCAGUACUUAAUGCAAGCACAUUGUAGUGACAUAUUUUGGGCAUUAAGAGAUAUCUAUCUACCAGUUUGAAUGCUAGAAAGUAACAAAAUAUUGUAUAGUUCAAUGAAAACAAAUAAAGGCUAUUAAAAAGAAGGCAAAUGUAUAUAAUAAAAAAAUCUAUUUACCAAAAAAUAUAUGGGGGAUGGGAAAUUAUGCUUAGAAUUACAUUGAUAGAAGUCACAAUCUCUCUGCAAUAUUAAAGCUGAUCUCAUUACUCAUUACAAAGAUAUACAAGGCAACAGUAAACAUGUCGUCCCCCACGAAUGAUGCAGCCUUGAGCCAGUUAAUAACAACAAUUCAAACAAGGGUGACACUGUAUUUGAAGGUACACAUAUGAGCCACUCAUUUCUAGUUUAUAAGUAUGUAUAUAAGUAGCUUAUAAGACCUUUAUUAUGUGUUAUUAGCCAUUUAUUAGGCCUUAAUUAAGUUUAUUUGUUAUUCAAACAUUAUAAUGUAAUGCAUGUAAUUAAUAACCUCACUAUUAGCUAUAAUAAAGUCAUAGUUAUUGUUAAUAAAUAUCAAGUAACACAAGAAAUUAUCUCAAGCUGGGACUAAUAAGGGGCAUAGCACCUCAAUACUUGUUCCCUGUUCUGAAGUGUGACCCCCCCCCCCCCCAUUAAUGACCUCAUUGGACAGAAAGGGGCACACCUCCCUCAUAUAUACCAUACAGCCAACAUUCAAGAUACAUUUUUAUGUAACCAAUUAGCAACUAAACGUCCAUAUAUACUUCCAUCCAUGUUGGCUAUUUGGCAUAUAAUGUGGCAUACUUACUAUGACUGUGAUAUGGGGUUGCCUCACCUGAUGUGGUUGCCUCUAUUGAAAUGUAAAUGAAGGGCAAUUAUAUUGUGAGCAAAAUUAUUCAUCAUGUCACUUUAGUCAAUUGUUUUUAAAAGGGUUAAAGUAAUAUUUGACCUUCUAUGGCCUCCAUUUAAGAAAAUCCUAGUUUAUCUAAAAUGUGUCAUUAGUGUUAGUUACCAUCAUUGGUGUUACCAUCAUUGGUGUUAUUACUCCUACUGUGGCACAAUUCUAUCAUAACGGUAGAAAUGAUUUAAAGUCAUUAAGCUGCCCUUUUAGUCGAUUUGAAAUGGGAAGAUGUACCCAAAUACAUUUAAAUAUUUAAAAUCUAGACAAUGGACGUUUCCAAAAUCCCCAAAUGCCACUGCAAUUCAAGAACGACCCAGUUGUCAUUGUUUCCCUCAAGGUGUUAUGGUAAUUGAAAAUGCAACUACGCAUUAUGAAUCGAUGUCUUAUAAAUGCAUGUGUGGUGAGCAUCCUAAAGAUAAACGGCACUCUUAAAAUAAUCACAUCAAUCUUAUCAUUUUAUCAGGCUUUGGUUUGUGUCGUCAGAACAAACCAAACUAAAUUGGAAUGUAGUAAUGGAUGUUCUGUAACAGCACUGCCGUGUAUUAUUGAAAUCUAACAUUAACUUUUUAUUAUAGGUUAAAUAUCGCAACUCUGACACAUAUAAAUGCUUUACUGACUGUUUUAUCUAGUAGUGCAUUGCCGUACACAUAUUAAAAAAUACAUGCACAUGAUGUUAUGUGAAUGUUCAAUUGCACUGAAAUUCGUGAAAACAUGUACAUUAAAGCAUUUUGCACUGUA